UUCCAGGGCCUGGCCACUGCCUUAGAGCACACAACCCAACGACCAAGCCACAUGCUUUUUACUUUUCCGUAGUCAAAGGAGCAAGAAAGUAGUUUCUGUUUUCUUCAAGAAUUAGAAUGAGCAAGCCCAAAAUUGUCAGACCAGAGGAGAGCCAGCCAGCACAUGCGGUGUGGUUUGACAGAAAGAAAUAUGUCACCAUCACCUUCAGCAUUCAUAAACCUAAAGAUGUCCAAGUUGAAAUCAUGCCAGACAAAAUGAUUUUAUGCUGCAAAAAUGACACAGAUGAUGUGUUCUACAAUGAGCUGUUCUUCUACGACAAAGUCCAAAUCCAUGACUCCAGGGAAAGAGUCUAUGAUCGCACCAUCAACGUCUUGCUAAGGAAGGUGAAACCUGAUUUUGCAUGGCCUCGUCUCCAGAAGGAUCCCGCUAAGCCCAGUUGGAUUUCUGUAGACUUUGAUAACUGGAGGGACUGGGAGCACGAAGAAGAUGAGGGAAAGGAGGAGUACGAUAGAUACAUGGAUAUGAUCCAAGAAAUGGCUACCAGUAAUAAAGGAGGAACACCAGAUAUGGGUGAUCUUAGUGAUUCUGACUGAUGCUUACAGCACCCUCGCUCCUCUGUUUGCUGAAGCAUUUAAUGUUCGUUAGUGUCUGGUGUGUUACUGUUUUUACAUAUGUAAUACUUUCUAUGAGAUUAUUUAUUGACAUUUUUUGAACACUGUCGUGUCAUUGUCAGUUUUAAUAAAAAAUACCUUUUUAUCAAUCAUGA